AUGAUCCUACUGGUGAAAAAAGAAAGGUUCCCCACAAGGUUUUGUGGCACUUUCCACUUAAGAUUGCAGCGUCUGUUCAUGUCAUCUAAAACAACAUCUUUCAUGAAAUGGCAUGUCGAGGGUCGUACUAAGGAUGGUCGCAUGAGACAUCCUGCAGAUACUCCGAUUUGGCAAUCAUUUGAUUACCAAAAUCCCGAAUUUGCAAAAGAUUCUCGUAAUAUCAUAUUGGGUUUAGCUUUUGAUGGAUUUAAUCCAUUUAAAUCUAUGAAUGUGAACCAUAGUACAUGGCCGGUAGUACUGAUGCCUUAUAAUUUGCCACCAUGGAUGUGCAUGAAACAACCAUACUUUAUGUUGUCACUACUCAUUCCUGGCCCAUGUGCACCUGGGAAUAACAUUGAUGUUUACCUUCAAGCUCUUAUAGCUGAGUUGAAGGAAUUGUGGGAUGUAGGUAUGACUACUUAUGAUGCAUCAUCAAAGGAAAAUUUUCAAAUGCAUCCUGCUUUACUUUGGACCAUUAGUGAUUUUCCUGGUUAUGCUAAUUUAUCUAGUUGGAGUACUAAAGGUUAUUUAGCAUGUCCAGUAUGUCAUAAGCACACCGUUUCACACCAUUUAAGACAUGGUUCAAAACAAUGUUACAUGGGUCAUCGGCGAUUUCUGGAAAAGGAGCAUCCAUAUCGAAAAGAUAAACGUCACUUUGAUAGAAAGGAAGAACAUGGAGUUGCACCAGCUCGCUUGACAGGUCUUCAUCCUAUUACAGAUGAGUUUGGGAGAGCAUACUUGCCUCCAGCAUGUUUCUAUUUGGAUAAGAAGGAGAACGAGUUAUUCUGUAAAAUUCUGAAAAAGGUUAAAGUACCAGACGCUUAUUCAGCCACAAUUUCAAAGUACCUAUGCACUUUGAAAAAUUAUGUCCGAAAUAGAAGUCGGCCUGAAGGUUCAAUUGCAGAGGGGUAUCUAGUUGAUAAGUGCUUGACAUUUUGCUCUCUCUACUUAUCUAAUGAAGUGACAACUAAGUUCAAUCGAUCAAGUAGAAAUGAAGAUGGAGGUGAAAGUUCAACUGAAGGACUUGAGAUUUUUUCUAUACAAGGUCGGCCAUUAGGAAAAGGAAAUUCAGUUGCAAUGGAUGAUGAAACCAUAAAAAAGGCACAUCAAUAUGUGAUAUUCAAUUGUGAAGCCAUGGAUCCAUAUAUCAACCAACAUCGUAAAUUGGUUGAAGAGCAGCAUUUGCGUAGUUCAAAACAUGAAAAGGAACGGAUUCAUAGCGAGACAUUUGCAAAUUGGUUUGACAACCAUGUGGAUGAUUUUCUACCCGAGAAUGAAGUUAUCUCAAAAGAUUUGAGAUUAUUGGCCAAAGGUCCAAAUGUUGUGGGUUCGAAGUAUGAGAGAUACAUUGUGAAUGGUUUUAGAUUUCAUACAAAAUAUUUGGAGAGCAAAAGAAAAAAUCAGAAUAGUGGGGUGAUUGUUACUGCAAUAACAUCAAGUUUCGCAAGCACCAAGGAUAUGAAUCUGGUUUCAAGUGACUUGGCCUAUUAUGGUGUCUUAAAGGAUAUUCUGGAAUUGGACUAUGGUGGAGGUCGAAGAGUGGUUUUGUUUGACUGUGAUUGGGUCUCUAAGGGGAAACGAUUGAAACAAGAUGAUGAUGGGUUUACACUUGUGAAUUUUAUGAAUGUGAAGCGCCACCAUGAACCCUUCGUUCUUGCAUCUCAAGUGAAACAAGUAUUUUACGUGGAGGAUCCUUUGGAUAAGGGGUGGAAUGUUGUUAUUCCAACUAUACCACGAGAUGAUUUGAAGAUGGAUCCCAUAGAUGUUGAGAUGUACUUGCAAAGUCAGCCUUCAAGUAGUCAUCAAAGAGAUACAUUUGAUGAUAUUAAUUGGGUUCGAGAAGGUGUCAUAGGAGAAAUAGUUGAUACUACUAGAGUGGCAUUUAGUUCCAAGGAAUGA